AAAAAAAACAAAAAGAAUUAAAAAUUCAUGGAAACGUGUGGGAAUUCAAUUCCUAUGUCAGCCAUUACUUUUUUUUUUCCUUCCGUUCUUUAAUACUUCGUAUCUCUUAUCUCUCAAGUGUAAACUACAAUAAAUAGUGCAACGCAAAGCAUAAUUAUAGUGGAGAACUGGAGACACCUUAUCAACCAGCAUCAUAUAGUCUCAAAUUUUCAACACUCAAGGCCGAUCCAUAUCAAAGUUUAGCGUUGAGAGACAUGAACAGACAAAUAGAGGUGGAAUGUGUAACAAACAAGGAAAAUGAGAUGCAAAAAGCAGAGGCAAAAGUGAUAGAAAAACCAAUAAUAAGGAACAAUCGUCAAGGACAUAGAGCUGCGCUGGUCGGAAUGAGUAAUGAAACCAAGGAUAUUGGGCUGAUGUUUCUCCAAUACAAUGAUUGGUAUGGAAGUGUGGUUUCUUUUUAUCCUUCUGGCAUGAGCCCCAAAACUUCAGAUAAUUUUGGCCAUUCGCCGGACCCUGUUUAUGGCUCCAAGGGCGCAGUAGUGUACUAUGGCCAGGUCAAUCAAACAACUCAAGGUGCAUGGCUCUUGGCUUGGUCUGCGCCUAUUGUUACCGGUGGCGCGGUUCCUCCCAACAACCAGGUAUAUGUUGAAACUGGCAAUAAAAAGGACUUCGACAACAUAGAUUGGAAUGUUAUCGAAGAAAAACUGGAUAAAUCUAGCAAAGAAAGUAACUACACGGACCAAACUACUGGAUGCACGGCCUUCGCUGAAAUUAACCCAAACGAUGACUCUGCUUUGAUUCUUGCAACGUUCAAUGCAAGAUGAUCGAUCCUCAGCACAAGCCAGGUACUCAGAGAGGGCGUUACUAGCUAGCUAACAAGGACGUCCAAUUAUCUCUAUUAAUGUACGCGAUACUAGUGUACGCGAUUAAAUAAAGGUGCUUGUAUCGAUCACUAAUUUCGAAUACUACACACUAUGUUUAUCUUUUAACGCUUGGGUUGUUUCUCCCUUCAAAUUUUAAAAUUAAUGGUGUUGCUCUUGUCAAAAAAAAUAAAUUAACGGUGCUUAAUUGUGUGGCCGAGAUUACUUAUUUAUAAGGGUUAUUCUAUUCAGGUGUUACUCA